AGGAUUUGAGUUGCGAACAGAAAGACAUUGAAAAGUUUAGGAAAUGAGCGAGUGGGCCCGUUGGUUUCUUUAUUAAGGGCCUGAGGGUGCAGUAAAAAUGUCUGGGUGAUGAAAUGGACAAUCCCAGCAACUCAUUCUGGAAGGUUUCCUGUAAACCCAGAUUAGCGGCUUCUCUAGCAACACAAGAGGAAGUGCACAGCUUCACAGCUGAAUCAGGAGUCUCUCCCAAGAGCAGCAGACCUGGAGGAAUAAACCCCUUAGAAAAAGGAGUCCUUCAGCAUCAAAAUGAUUGCUUAGUGAUUUAGAAACUUCAAAGCGCCAAGGCUUGAAGGACAGAACGUGACAAGCUCAGAGUGCAUUUGAUUGUUGGGGGCAUGGGAGGAGGAUUUCUGAGUGUUACCGUAUGUGAUGAAGAUGAAAUCAUGCACCAGGACAUCAUCCCUCUCGGUGCCGCUGAUAUUGAAGACCAACUGAAGAAACAGUUUGCUUAUCUAUCUGGUGGACGGGGACAAGAUGGAUGUCCGGUUAUCACCUUCCCCGACUACCCGGCUUUUGGGGAGAUCCCAGAGAGUGAAUUUCAGAAUGUCCUCACCUAUCUCACCAGCGUACCCAGCUUAGAAGAUGCUGGAAUUGGCUUUAUUCUGGUCAUCGAUCGAAGACAAGACAGAUGGAGCUCAGUCAAAGCUUCGGUUCUACGAAUAGCAGCAUCUUUCCCGGGAAACCUGCAGUUAGUCCUCGUCCUGCGUCCUACAGGAUUUUUCCAACGCGCGCUCUCCGACAUUGCUUUCAAAUUCAACAGAGAUGACUUUAAAAUGAAGGUACCGGUCAUUAUGUUGAGCUCAGUACCGGAAUUGCACAGUUACAUCGACAAAACCCAGCUGACCGAAGACCUGGGUGGGACCUUGGAUUACUGUCACAGCAGAUGGCUCUCUCACCGCACAGCUAUAGAGAAUUUUGCCCUGAUGGUUAAACAGACCGCUCAAAUGCUUCAGUCCUUUGGAACGGAACUGGCUGAGACGGAAUUACCCAAUGAUGGGCCAUCCACCAGCUUGGUACUCACGGCACACACGGAGAAGAAGGACAAAAUGAAGGAAGAUAUGAUGAUGGCUGUGAAAGAGGGCCAGACUAUCCUCGAAAGUAUCCGGGAGCCUCUGAGGAAAAAGCCGGAGUGUAAUCUCAAUCAGGGCCAGCUUGACAAUCAGACCACCAUGGAAAGGCUUUUGGCUCAGCUGGAUGAAACCGAGGCGGCGUUUGAUGAAUUUUGGGCUAAACAUCAGCGAAAACUAGAGCAGUGCCUACAACUCCGGAAUUUUGAGCAGAAUUUCAGAGAGGUAAAAGCCGCUCUAGACGUCGUUUCGGAGCGAAUAUCCGCCUUCACGGAUGUGGGAAAUAGCUACGCUCACGUUGAACAUAUUCUGAAGGAUCUUCUUAGCUUUGAGGAAAAAGCCAAUGAAUGUAUAGAGAAGGCCAGAGCCUUGUGCUCUGAAGCGGCCCAGCUAAUCGAGGACAAGCAUUAUGCCGUGGAUUCCAUCCUCCCAAAAUGUGAUGUGCUCCAGCAUCUCUGCGAUGACUUCACUAACAAGACGGAGAAACAGAAGGCUCUCCUCAGCAAGUCUCUGGAGCUGCAUGGCCUCCUGGAGAAAUCGAUGAAAUGGUGCGAUGAGGGAAUUUACCUGCUGGCCUCCCAGCCCGUGGACAGAUGCCAGUCGCAGGAUGGAGCAGAAUCCGCCCUACAGGAGAUCGAGAAAUAUUUGGACACGGGUGCGGAGAACAAAAUCCAAGAGCUGAAUGAAGUUUAUGAGGAAUACGAAUCGAUUCUCAUCCCGGACCUAAUGGAGCAUGUGCAGAAGGUGUUCCAGAAGCAAGAGAGUAUGGAGGAAAUGUUCCGGAAGAGGCAAGCGAGCCUGAAGAAGCUCGCAGCCAAGCAGACCCGACCUGUUCAGCCAGUGGCCCCGAGGCCUGAGGCCUUUGCCAAAUCCCCCUGCACCUCCCCAGGUCUCCGAAGAGGUUCUGAACAGUCCUCCAGUCCUGACGGCAGUGUGCUCCGGAGGGUGAAUUACCGGAGGAUCAAGAGUGAAAUGAGCGUCGUUCAGCAGGGCCGAGGUAGCUCAGCAAUGGACGACGACGAAAACCUAACAAUAUUGAGGAGGCAUGUAAUGAACGAGCUCCUUGAAACAGAACGGGCAUAUGUGGAUGAACUUCUUUGUGUUCUUGAGGGAUAUGCCGCUGAGAUGGAGAAUCCUUUAAUGACUCACCUCAUCCCCCCAGCACUCCAAAAUAAGAAGGAUAUAUUAUUUGGGAAUAUGGAAGAGAUCUAUCACUUUCAUAACAGAAUCUUCCUGAGGGAACUGGAAAACUACAUUGAUUAUCCAGAACUGGUAGGAAGGUGUUUUCUAGAAAGGAUGGAAGACUUUCAGAUUUAUGAGAAAUACUGUCAGAAUAAACCCAGGUCAGAAAGUCUGUGGAGGCAGUGGUCAGACUCUGCCUUUUUUCAGGAAUGCCAGAGGAAGCUUGAUCACAAAUUGAGUUUGGAUUCCUAUUUACUGAAGCCCGUACAGCGGAUUACCAAAUAUCAGUUACUCCUAAAGGAAAUGUUGAAGUACAGUAAAAAUUGUGAUGGAUCUGAAGAUCUGCAGGAGGCCCUGACUUCGAUUCUGGGAAUUCUGAAAGCCGUCAACGAUUCCAUGCACCUGAUUGCUAUCACUGGCUAUGAUGGAAACCUGAAUGAACUAGGCAAGCUCUUAAUGCAGGGUUCCUUCAGCGUUUGGACCGAUCAUAAAAAGGGUCAUGCAAAAGUGAAGGACUUGGCCAGGUUUAAACCAAUGCAGCGACAUCUGUUUCUCCAUGAGAAAGCAGUAUUGUUCUGUAAGAAGAGAGAAGAAAAUGGAGAAGGCUACGAAAAGGCCCCAUCUUACAGUUACAAGCAGUCUUUAAAUAUGGCCGCUGUUGGAAUUACAGAGAAUGUGAAAGGUGACAAUAGGAAAUUUGAAAUCUGGUACAACGCAAGGGAAGAAGUCUACAUCAUUCAGGCACCAACCCCCGAAAUUAAAGCAACCUGGGUUAAUGAAAUCCGGAAGGUGCUAACCAGUCAGUUGCAGGCAUGUAGAGAAGCCAGUCAACAUAGAGCACUGGAGCAGUCUCAGAGUUUGCCUUUGGCUGUCUCAUCAAGCACAAGCCCUUCGAGAAACCACACGAGGAAGGGCAGAAAACCAGAAGAGAGUAAAACCAACCGAAUGAGCCUGGAAGGGUGUAUCAGCUCAGUAACGGUGGCUAAAUUCCCCGACAAAGACAAAGCUUCUCCUACCGGCCCUGACAAAAAAGCUAAACGUCACGAAGUAAAGAGCGAUCCAACUCCUUUGGGUUUAAGAGGCUGGACGAGGACCGGCCCGUCGCAGGACACCUCGGAGGAGAACGACGCCUGGUCCAGUGCCGAGGACCCGCUAAACUCAUCCGACGAAGACGGAGCCGCAGCCGUGGGGCCCAAGAAAUUGGUUCCUGGUAAAUACUCCAUUGUGGCAGAUCCGGAGACCGGAGGGACGGACGUGCUGGCCGUCAAAAGUGGAGACUUGGUGGAGUUGAUCUCUGAGGGGACUGAGAGACAAUGGUAUGUGAGGAAUCUGACCACCAGCCGAGAGGGGUGGAUUCCAACUGGGAAUUUGUCGGUGCUCAUUGGGAAUUCCAAAUCGGCUCAGUCUCUGACAAGUUCAGACUCCGGGGCUGGUGCCGUCAUUUUGAGUUCUUCCUCGAGCUGUAGUGAAGGUGGUGGCGUCCCCUUCUCGGACAACAAGGGGUAAACGGCCCACGGUCCGACGCUCGUUAAGGUCCCCUCCUCUGCCCUCCGCUCAUGGCCGGAAUGAAAUAAAAACCCAGUCUGUAGGUCUGCAAGUUUUGUCUUGCUUGGGUCUGACAGGUGGGAAGAGAGAGCGGGGAGAGGAGUGGGUUUUGUAAUUUUUUAAGCUACUUAGAGAGUCCCUCAGAGGAAAAGCUACCUGCUCGAAUGUAGAACCGUGAGGUGCUGGAAUUCCCACCGGACGUCGACGCGGAGAUUCGGGAAGAGCCCCACCCAUUGAAGACCCUUCCCUGGUUUCCUCAGAAAAGCACCCGAACUGCAUCGGGACUUCCUGGAUGGGGACAGAGCAGGAUGGGUGAAACAUCAAGGGCCGUCUCGGACAGAUUAUGGCCACAAAAACCCAUUCUGCAAUUGUGACUUUGUCCCCCGAAACAUUCCUCCAAGAAAUCUGCCGACCAGAAAGACAGCCCGGGGCUCCACAGAUGAAACUUAGGUACACCCCGGCUUGGAUCCAGCUUCCUUCCGUCCCCAGCACUGUGCUCUCCGCGGACAUUUGUCUCCUCCUAAGAUGUGUCCGUGAGGGAAGGAUGCCUCCCCCGCAGCUCUGUGAGGAAUCCCCGUUUUUUUUUUUUCCUCCCGCCGCGAUUUUUUAGGCGAAUGAUCCUGUGGCCAUUUUGGGGACGCACUGGCCUCCAACCAAGUCGACGUGUUUACAUCAAAGGGCAAUUUGAUGCUGUCUUUGAUAGAGAACUAUUUCACGUUUCUACCAUGGAAUGAUUUCUUACAUGCCUUUAAUGUAAACCGGCGCCAUUCUGCUGAAUUCAGGCAACUAAAUCCCUAUCACCUCCGUGGGAUCAGGUCACGUUGCCUCUGCCAGCCUCGAGAGGAAAGAGCCCUCUCUCUAGAGAAAAGUGCAAAUGCUUAAACAAGAGAAAAACCGAUCGUAGAACUACAAGUCUUAAUUUUGUGCUCUAUUAAAAGAGAGGGGAAGUCCUUUUUUAUAGCACCUCACUGCAUUCCGGGAAUAUUUUAAUGGGUUUUGUUUUUUAAGGAAAGAGAAACAGUUUUUUCAGGGGGUCAGCAAAACCAUUUUUCUUUAUUGGCACGUGAAUACCAGAAUGAUCUAAAAUGCAAACAGUAGCAGCUCUUUUUUUUAGUGGCUGGCAAGUCCAUCCUCAGGCUCCACACUUCUAGCCUGUGUAUCAUGCUCUUUUUGUCUCAUCUCGGAACGAUCGAUUGAAUGCCGAGAAUUUUACUGUCUCCAACAAAACGGGCUGAGAAGAUAAGGCCUCGAUAUUUUGGUUGUCAUUUUCUGAUUUCAGAAAAAACAAGUCCUAUCUCGCUAUUGGAACAUGUUCUGCUGAUGAUUGAUGCAGAUAUUUUUCUAUGUAUGAAUGUAUAUAUGUACUAUAUAUAUAUAUCUUGAUGUAAAGGAUGUAUUUAUAGUCUUUACGCUGCUCAAAGUGGCCACUUUACACAGGAUAUCAUGCACUACUGCAAUAUGAAGGCUGAUCAGAACUUCCAUUACCUCCUCUGUUUCUAGAACAAACUCCCCAGUUAAUGUUCCCAUCUUCUCAAAUCCCACUGGGUCCCGGGCUGCUUCCAGUCAGGACCCUUUAAUCCCAAAGUUUAAUCCCGAAAUGGCAAAGGACGUGCAGAGACUCGGUUGCUUCUCUUCUGGAUUGUAAGUUAUUUGUAAAUGCUGUUUUCCAGUUCCCUCGAUCUUUCCUGAUAUCCUGGUGGUCUCCUCUUUGUCCUAGCACUUUAAUCCUCCCGUUUCCCUCCCCAGACCUGUUUUGUUUUGCUUUUUUCUAUUGCUGAUGAAAAUGAAAUACCACAAUCAGGGUUCUUCAUGGAAUGGAUGAAAGCUGAACCAAUAAAUUUCAAUCACUCUUUU